AUGGUCUUUAGGAUUGCACUAACUGCGGAGAGGGGCAUGUCAACGAACCGACUACCACCCACUCGCUACGGGAGUGCGGAAGGAGAUGAAAAUGAUGGGAUCACACGCACGCACCCUCCGGAAGGUCGGAAGGAGGUAGCGGUGAAGGCUUGGACUGCAGUAGAGUAUAAAAAGGCGCUAAGCGGUGCGGAAAUAACGGUAGUAGGCGGCUCACUGUUUGCCCAGCCUGUUUCGGGGGUCACAGCCCUGUAUACACCAGCGCCAUCUUCAUUCUAA